GCCUCUUCCUCUUUUCAAAGUCUGUACAAGUCGUCUUCAGUGUCUUUGCUCUCUCUUCAGGAUCUAAAAGUGAAGGAAACUCGUCUGCAGAUGAUGGAGGGGACGGAGAUGGAUUAUGUUAAUGAACGACCAAGUCCUGAGCAGAAACACAUCAAGGGUGAAAACCAAAAAGGUUUUACAGAACGGAGACUCUGUAUGCUGCUCCUCAGCUUUGGUGUGCUGUGCAUCAUACAAGCCACUCUCAACGUGUCUCUGCGUCUCAGUCUGUACUCGAGGAGCAGAUCAACUCCCUGCAACACAUCCCAGUUUAAAGACCAGACACAAGGGGUGCAGAUAGACUGUGAGCGAAGGAGGAACAAUGCGUUCAACAUGUUACAGGAGAGAUUCAACGCGCAGGCCCGAGACAAAAACCUGCUGGAGAACCGGAUCAGCGAACUGAACAACAUGAUCAAGACUGUGCAGGAGGAGCGGGACAGACUUAGAGUGAGGGUGAGAGAGCUGGAGGGCUGUCUGUCUGACUCUUCGUGUCCAGCAGGUUGGAAAGAGAUCAACUCCAGAUGUUACUUCCUCUCUACAGAGAGUAAAACGUGGCAGGACAGCAGGAACUACUGUCAGAGUCAGGCCGCAGACCUGGUGGUGAUCAACAGCAUGCAGGAGCAGAGGGCACUGUACCGUCUGGAUGGGGAUUCUUAUCUCUUGUUCUGGAUUGGUCUACAUGACACAGCGGGGACCUUCAGAUGGGUGGAUGGAUCCGCGCUGGCUGCACCAUUCUGGCAGUCUGGUCAGCCGGAUCAUGGUGGUCCUAACAACAUAGAGGACUGUGUUGAGAUGUAUCAUCGUAGCCCAGAGCUGGCCAAUUGGAACGAUGCCCGCUGUGAAGAUAAGCGAAAGUGGCUGUGUGAAAAAGCUGCUAAUACUUGUUAACACGAGCUGAAGGAGGCGUCACUCGGCCUGAAUGGAUGGUGGACCUCUUCGUAUGACAGUUAAUUCAACUUCCCCUGUUCCCAACGCCACUGCAUCUGCCACCACCUGUCUCUCCUCCUCCUCCAGUUGACAUCCACCAAUUGUCCACCGCCCGUCUUCCCUCCGAUUCAUGUUUAAAAUCUCUGUUCUGGAUAUCCAAAGCUUUUGUGAUGAAACUGUGUUCUGUGCCUCUCAUGCUAACAUGACUGUUCGUUGAAACCCUUUCUUCGUGCGACUGUAAGGUUAGCUGGUUUAGUUUCUUCGGGUGUUUUGGGCUCUAGGUUUCUGGUUUCACUCUGGGUUAAGAUGAUCCUCUUUGUAAGCCUCUCAGUAGCUUAUGUUGGACCAGGUGAGUUUACUUUAAGGGGUUGUAGUUUACAUAAAGAAGCUGAUCUCUUUGUUUGAUUCAUUGUUUUGGCGCCUUGUGCAGCCCUUCCCUUUGUUUCCUGCCUCCUUUAUGGAUUAUAAAUUAGCGAGUUUGUGGUGAAUUUAUGUUAUUGUUGUUUUUGGUUGUUAAACAAUAAACAGUGUAUUUUUGUUUGAUUCAA